AAAGGAGUCAACUCGUGUUCCAACGGGUAAAAACAAACACAAUUACGAAAUUGAUGACAACAGACGCAUUAUGGAAUUAGAACUACCGAAAAACUGCGGAAAAGUGUUUAAAGAUCAGGUAGCAUAUUUUGAAAAAGUAUUGGUAACCAACAAUGAGUUGCUAGAAUUGAGUGCAAGUAUAAGGCAAUCUAAGACAAAGCGUAUACAAGACUUGGAGAAGACAUAUAAACAUCUUACGCACAGAUUCGAAGAGAAGUUCACAGAUUUGAUGAAUCAAAAAAAAGAGAAAUUAGAGCUGCUCGAACAUCUCAAAGGAAGAGUGAUUCAAUUUGAAAAAAUUUGCGAUGUUAG